GUCUUUCCCGGGCCCGUCACGUGAUGUAAACCGAAAGCUGCAAUGGCGGGGACGUUGUGAUGGACCGUCCGUCGUGUUGGCAGACAAGGGAGUGUGGCGCUGAGAGAGACAACACGGCCCAAAAAGCUGCAAUGCCCAUCGACCCCCGAUUUAAUACCAACCUAAUCACAGGGCAAUUUACAAUCACCAACUAACCUACUAACAGGUACGUCCUGGGACUGUGGGAAGAAACCAGAGCACUGGGAGGAAACACACGUGGUUCACAGGGAGAACGUACAAACUCCUUACAGACGGCGCUGGAAUUGAACUCUGGAACGCCCCAAAGUGUCACGGUGUCACGCAACUGCUAUGGUGCCAUGACACCCACAGAUUUAAUUUGCCUUUCUCUUUAAAUCUGAUGGCAGAAGGGAGGAUGCUGAUCCUGAAACAUUGUUCCUUCAGGCUCCUGUACCUGAUCCAUGAAGGCAGCAAUGAAUGAGAAGAGGGACUGUCCUUGAUGGUGACGAUCCUUAAUGCUGAUGCAUGCCAUCUUCCUAAGGCAUCGCGUUUUGAAGAUGUCCUCGGUUGUGGGGUGGCUUACAAUGGAAUUAGCUGAGUUUACAACCCUCCGCAGCUUUUUUCGAUCCUGUGCUUUGGCAACUCCGUAGCAGAUGGUGUUGCAAAUAGUCAGCAUGCUCUCCACAGUGCAUCUAUAGAAAUUUGCUAGUCUUUGGUGAUUUACCAAACUUUUUCAAACUCCUAAUGAAAUAUAGCUGCUGUCAUGUAUCAAUAUGUUGUGCUCAGAAUAGAUCUCAGGCAUGUUGACACCCAGGAACUUGAAACUGCUCACCCUUUCCAUUGCCAACUCCUCAAUGAGGACUGAACUGUGUUCUCCCAACUUCCCCUUCAUGAAGUCCACAACCAAUUCCUUGGUCUUACUGACGUUGAGCAAGGUUGUUGCUGUGACACCACUCAACAAGCUGAUCUAUCUCUCUCCUGUACAUCCCCUCAUCACCAUCUGAGAUUCUGCCAACAACAGUUGUGUCAGAAUGAAUUUAUAGAUGGUGCUUAACCACACAGUGGUAACUAGAGAAAGUAGAAGAGAGGGCUGUGUGCACGUCCUUGAGGUAUGCCUGUAUUGAUUGUCAACAAGGAGGAGGUACUAUUUCCAAUCUAAAUGGACUGUGGUCUUCCAAUGAGAAAGUCAGGGAUCCAGAUAUCUUCAAGGUACAGAAGCCUAGGUUCCCUUUGAUCCACUCUGACUAAUUUUUCUUCAAGAUUCAAGACAUUUUAAUGUCAUUUCCAGUACACAAGUGUCAAGGAGAAAGAAAUAAUUGUUACUCGGGAGCUGAUGCAGUAAAAAAAAAUCUAAAUAUGAUAAAGAACACAACAAUAAAAACACUUAAGAUAGCUUUGAUAUACAGAUUGUAUGUCCGUAAAGUGACGCUAGGCACAGGAGUGUCUGUACAUAGGGUAACCUUGAAAGAAACUGAUAAAGUAGUGUUGGUGGGAGGUGUGAUGGGGUGGGUUGCUGAGUGGAGGUGUCAUUGCUUGGGGAAAGUAACUGUUUUUGAGUUUGGUGGUACUGGAGUGGGCACUAUGUCGCCUCCUCCCUGAUGGGAGUGGGUGGGACAUAUAUUCCAUGAGCAGGGCAGGUGAAUCCUUCAUUGUGUUGCUGGCCUUUUAUCCUGCAGCUUUCCUUGCUAGCAGGUGGGCUGGUGUCAGUGAUGUGUUGGUCAGUCUUGACUACCCCUUGUACAGCUUUCCUGUCUGCCACAGUGCAGUUUCCAUCAACUUACCAGAUAGGAUUUCACGUUCAUGAAGCCACGUUUGAUCAGGUUACCACUUAAUACAAUAAGGAGACCUUUCUGCAGAGUUGAGUCUAUGCCACUUCCAAGCAAAGCAGUUCCAUCAGUCCAUCCUACAUAACUCUCCAAACCAAAGUCAAUAACCUCCCUUUUUGAAUCUUUUGAUUUUCCUAAUGUUGUUAUAAUUUCCAUAAUAAUUGAUGCCACUGCUUUUCUAACACAAGCUAACUGGCCUGAAAUCACCACUUUUUGUAUUCCAUCCUUUUUGAAUAAUGUUAUGAUUUUUACAGUCUUCCAAUUCUUUGAUAUCAUGUACCUCCCAUUACCACAGUUUGGGUAGCAGAAAUUUGCCCUUGCUGAAUUAACAAAUCAUUACCAAAUAAUCUGAAGUACAGAAUUUAAAAAAUCACUCUUAUGGAAUAUAUCUUGUAAGUAAAUAGACACAAAAUGUGAAAAAGUGACAAAUUCUUUCAGAAAUUCAAUUAAUGUUUCUUGAUGCGUGUGCAGAAAACGUGGCGAUUUCAAUUGAAUUCAUUUAGCACAACAGCUUUCGUUUUUGUUUUCCUAGCAGUUUAAUUUCAAGAUUUUCUCAUUUUAUUUAUCUUCAAGAUGUCCGGAAAAAGGCUAACAAGUUCAAGUGCAAGUUGUAAACCGAAACAACCACGUAAAGCAAUUUCACUGGAUAUAGAACUCGAUAUUUUACGAAGGUUUGAUGCCGGUGAAAAACUUAGUACAAUUGCUAAAACACUAGGGCUAGCCACAUCUGAAGUGGCAACAAUAAGAGACAACAGAGAUGAAAUUAAGACAAGUGUUCAAAUUGCUGCACCAUUAAAUGCUCAAACGCUCUACUUUCACCACAGCGAAGUGAUAAGUGAUAUGGAAAGACUCCUGAGCAUGUGGAUAAAAGACCAGACGCAGGAUAAUGUGCCAUUAAGUACAAAUGUUAUUCAAGCUAAGGCCAAGAGCCUCUAUGAUGAACUUUUGAAAGAAGAGGGUAGCGGUGCACAAGGAAAACCUUUCUUGGCAAGUGAAGGGUGGUUUGACAUGUUUCAAAAGCGAUUCAGCUUGCAUAAAGUGCAUAAUGCUGUUGCCAAUACUGCAAUAAAUUAUCCGAGUGAACUGAAGAAGGUAAUUGAUGAAGGAGCUUACAUGCCAGAACAGGUAUUUAAUGUAGGUGAAAUGGGUCUUUUUUGGAAACGCUUGCCUGACAGAACAUAUAUUUCAAAAGAAGAGAAGGCCAUCCCUGGCUUUAAAGCUUCCAAUGAUCGCCUGACGUUACUUGUAGGAGGCAAUGCUGCUGGUGAUUUUAAGUUAAAGCCCCUUCUAGUGUACAGCUGUGAGAAUCCCAGAGCCCUCAAGGGUUAUGCAAAACCUAACCUACCAGUGAUUUGGCACUCAAACAGCAAAGCCUGGAUGACUGUGACUAUUUUUCAUGACUGGUUUAUCAACUAUUUCUGUCCAGCUGUAGAAAAGUACUGUGCCAAACAUCACCUUUCCAACAAAGCACUGCUCAUUUUGGAUAACACUCCUAGCCACCCACUGAAUUUAAAUGAUCUUUCGAAUAGUGUGCGAGUUGAGUACUUGUCCAUCAACACAGCAGCCUUAUUACAACCAAUGGAUCAAGGUGUAAUAGCAACUUUCAAAAGAUAUUAUUUAAGAAAAACUUUUAAGCAAUUGACUUAUGCAACUAAUGGAGAAGGUAAGCCAACAGUUCGAGAAUUUUGGAAAAGCUUUAACAUUUUGAAUGCAAUAGAUAACAUUGCUGAGUCAUGGGAUGAAGUGAAAGUUUCGACAAUGAAUGGUGCCUGGAAAAACAUUUGGCCAGAGUGCAUCAACAACUUUAGUGGCUUUCCACCAGCAGAAUCAGCAGAAAAGGUUACUAGAGACAUAGUAGAACUAGCAAAUGAGGCUGGAUUUGAAGACGUUGUUGAAGGAGAUGUGAUUCACCUCUUGGAUUCUUAUGAAGAUUAUUUGUCAGAUGACGACCUCAUGUUGUUGGAGCAAGAGCAGGCUUCACAAGAAGUUGAUAUGAUAGAAACACCACCAGUCCCUCUUCAAAUAAUGACAAACCACCUUUCAGAUGCCUUAUCAUACGUUGACCAGGUUGUGCAUAUCCUUAGUGUGAAUGACCCAAACCGAGAACGUAGUCUAAGGGUUGGCCGCUUACUGCAAGAUGCUAUGAGCUGUUACAGGGAAAUGUACAAGGAAAAAUUACGUCGCAAACAGCAGUCAACUCUUGAUGCAUUCCUUGUCUUAAAAUCAGAGCCUCCCUCUCCCUAACUCUGUUCCACCACGCAACACUCCACAAUGUCUCUGGUUAGUACUUAACCUGUUUUUGUGAACCACUAUCACUUAUUGCAAGUAACAUUCUUAAAUUACUGAUUUAAUAUGCAUUUAAAAAUGUCUGCCUAUAUUUAUGUGUUGCUAUUACUUUUGUUGAAGAAAAAAUCCUGUAGAAUGCACCCUCUUAUAACUUGGGAUUCAGUGGGGGGAAUUAAAGAGUUCACUUUAUGGAUAGGUUUCGAAGAACAAAACCCUCUGUAAUGCCAUGAUAUAGUGUAUCUCUUCAGAAUCUAAUGAUUGCUGAAAGAAUGUAAUUAAUGCAUCCAUUAUCGCUGAAGUUAUCAGAAUCAGGUUUAAUAUCACUGGCUUAUGUUGUGAAAUUUACUAACUUUACAACAGCCGUACAAUGAUAAAUAAAUAUAGAGAAAAACACUUAAUUACAUUGAGUAUACACAUGUCUAAUAAAUAGUUGUUAAAAUAAGUAGUGCAAAAAAUCAGAAAUAAUAAGGUAAUGAUCAUGGGUACAACAUUCAUUUAGAAAUCAGAUGGCAGAGGAGAAGAAGCUGUUCCUGACUCACUGAGAGUGUGCCUUCAGGCUCCUGGACCUUCUUCCCGAUGUAACAAUGAGAAAAGGGCACAUCCUGGUGGUAGGGAUUCUUAAUGAUGGACACCAUCUCGUCCAGCUACAUUAAUUCCAUCCAAUGUAUUUUUUUGGCAUUAAUGGAUUACCAGCUUCUGCUGUAGUUUAACUCCUCUGCCUCUUGUAUGUUUAGGUUCAUGUAAAACUCCUCACAAGGUUCUAGACUAAUCCAAGUAGUACAUCUUAUUCCAUAUUUUUCUGAGAUGCAGAAGUGGCCAGAAAUGGAAGAAUUGAGAUCUCUAUAUAGAAGUCACAGAAGGAGGGUAUUUAGCUCUUCCACAACGUGGAAAGUGUGUGAUAAUACAGUCCAUGUUGAUCUGUGAAAUUAAUCUGCUGAGGAGCAGGGAGAUUUUCUGAUGAUUAUCAUGGAGAUUGAUGUCACAAAAGAAAAAUAAAGGGGCUGAGUAGUGAGGCUAGCACAAGUGUGCUUUCCAUUCCAUAAUCAUUGAACACAUUAAUAACAAAAGACAGAAGAACACGGUUGGGCCACUUGGCCCAUAAAGUCUGUUCUAAAAUUCCAUCAUGGCUGAUUUAUUAUUUCUCUCAACCCCAUUCACAUACACAAGUAUGUUUGAUAUCCCCUCUGAAAUGAUCAGAUUUAAAUAUUGAUUCCUAUAUUUGUCCUUUUGGUUUCUCCAAAAACAGUAUGAAACUUCACAAGACCUCAUGCUUAUCUUUUACAGAGAGCAUGGUGACAAUUUGAUAAAAAGCUAUCAGAGCUAAUUGAGAUUUCAGGUCCAGGACAGUACUCUUUAUCAUUUGCAACAAAGUGUCUUGGAGCUAACACAUUGAUAGUGCUUCUCUUUUCACAGAAGCUGUCCAACCAGCUGUACUUCUGUUUUUAAUACAAUAUUUAUGGCUAAACCACUUAACGAAAUAAAAAUUGAUUUUACCUGUA